GAUAGCCAGGGGCGUUAUGGCGUGUUCUACUUUCCCAACAAUACAUGUCAGCUUGACAAGCGUAUUCAAUACCCACCUGUGUAAGAGGACAGAAACUUGAAGCAAAGUUAACACAAGUGCUGGAAACAUUCACGGGAAGUAGACAUCUUACUCCUGGGUAUUUACAGAGAAACGAAGAAAAUAGCAAAAUAUCCAGUUGAGUUUGAGUGAGAUGCAGUUUUAUGACAUCCCUAAUGUGUCUUUGACCAUCCUGGUACUUCUCAUGGGUACCAUCGAAGGAUUGCCAACUCAAAGUGGAUCAAACAUAAAACACAGUAAAGUUUUGAUUCUCGGAGCCGGGGCGUCAGGUUUGGCUGCUGCAAAGACACUGAACGAAAAGAACAUCAGCGACUUCAUCGUCCUGGAGGGCUCGGGCAGGAUCGGCGGCAGAGUCAGGUCCGUCAGAUUUGGAGGCACCACAGUGGAAGCUGGUGCGAACUGGAUGGCUGUUCGGGAAGGAAAUCCUUUGUGGGAUAUCAUUCGGAAGUUCAACGUGUCUGGGAAGACAUCAGACGGCGACAGUGUGGUCAUAAGAACGUAUGAAGGCAGUGACGUCACGGACACGGAGGGUGAGUUGGCAUGGCGUAAACUUGCGAAAGCUGAGAUCAAGUUAAACAGUGUUAUCAAGAGAAUGCAAGAUCAAAAGACCGAGGACAUGUCCCUGCGCUCUUGCCUUGACAUCGGAAAUUGGCAUCCGAAAACACCCGUGGAAAAGGUUGUGGAGAUUUAUGGCUUUGACUAUGAUUAUGGAGCUAUUCCCGACGUUUCUUCGUGUUAUUACCACGGCAGACUAGAGAAUGUGGAUGACAGUUUCUACGUCCGUGACGACAGAGGAUAUGAGUUCAUAUUGAAGAAAUACGUAGAGAACGCGCUGCCAGAGAACGAUCAACGAAUUCUUCUGAACGAAACUGUUACUGCGAUCAACUACACUGACACCAGCGUGUCUGUAACUACCGUCAGCGGGAACAUCUUCGUCGCCGACUUCGUCAUCGUUACCUUUAGCAUCGGAGUGUUGAAGAGCGGUUCUGUGACUUUCAAUCCUCCGCUACCAGACUGGAAGAUCGACAACCUGUUCCGAGUCAGACUAGAGAACUACGAGAGCGUGUACCUUAAGUUUCCCGAUACAACGUCAAGGUUCUGGGAUGACACCGAAUUCAUCCUCUACGCUGACAAAACACGAGGAGUGUAUCCAGUUUGGCAGAACCUGGAGGCUGAAGGAUUGUUCCCGGUUGGAACUAACAUUCUCCAGAUAGUGACCUACGGUGAGGAGGCUAGCAGAAUAAGUCGGCUUACUGCCCGUGAUGUAAAGGACGAGGUGAUGACGAUACUACGGAGAGUCUACGGUAAUGUCACGGAACCUGAAGAUGUAUUCAUUACGGGCUGGAAGAACAAUCCAUUGUACAAGGGAUCCUACUGCAAUAUGGAAACAGGAGCACAAAGUCCCAGAGUGGUCGAAGCUAUAACGGCACCCGUGGGGAGGAUCUAUUUCGCUGGGGAAGCGUAUAGUAGGGAUGUGUCUUGUUACGUAACUGGGGCUGUUCAAAGCGGAAUCGUCACGGCAAAGAAGGUAACCAAAUGUUCGAAAGGAACGUGCGAGGUUUAUGAUUCGGGAGAAGCAGGUCCGAGUACCAAGACCCCGACGGUUGCAGCGUGUCCUUCUGGCGGGUCCUGUCAGGACGGAGGAAAAUGGCCGUGCUUGUGUGCAUGGUGAUGCUUAUUGUUUCAUGCACAUAGUUACUUAAGAUAGAGACAGUAUAUAUGUAUAUAAAUCUUACAUAUAAUUGGAAUACUAAAUGAAUAUAUUGGAAAUAUCAUUCACAUGUCUGCAUUAAAACCCAACUCUUGCUGAAUAUUGCUUUGCCGCUUGUUGAAUUCUUCGUUGCAAGAACAUGCUUAUUGGUACCAGUUAUGAAAUGUACACAUUCAUAGUUGGACCUUCUGAAACAUCCCUUCACAUAAAGCUGAAGUUGACUUUCA